AUGGGUAGAGGGAAGAAGAAAGAAGAUACGAGUAAGAGUGACCCUGAAAAGCCAGACUCCAGCCUUGACGAGUCUGCAGGGGCCACUGCCAGCACCCCACCUCCCACUGAUGAGCUGAUCCUUCGCCUCACCCCCCAGCAGCCCGCAGCUUCACCUGCGAGUUCGCCAGUGAGCAGUUCUGCCGCGCCCACUGCUUCUCCCACUCCAUCGACCCCGAGGGCAACAAUACAGCCUCCGAAAGCACUAACAGCAGACGCGAGUCCCCAACAAUUUCGCGAAUGGAAGCGCGAAUGGUCCGAUUAUGCUGUCAUGGUGGAUCUUGUCAGCCUGCCAUUAUCAAAGCAGCAUAUACAGCUACGCAUGUGCCUUACAUCUGAGAUGCGACGGGUGCUGGAGCACAAGUUGGACGUGCCCGCAGACCCAGCAUGCUCAGUGGACGAUGUCUUGGUAAAGCUCGAAACGCACAUAAAAAAUGCAAGUAAUGAGGCGCUACGACGGAAGGCCUUCUCUGAGUGCAAGCAAGCAGACGGCGAAAGCUUCGAUGACUUUUGGAUACGCCUGAAAAUCUUGUCACAGGAGAUAGACCUUUGCAAGGCACAGGACCAAGCAUGUUGUGAGCAGUGGAAGAAACACGGCAUAUUAAUGGGUAUACGAGAUGAGGAACUUACCCAGAAGCUCAUUGAGAUGGACCGCUCAGCGACGUUGCAGGAUGUUUUGGAGAAAUGCAGGUCUCAUGAAUCGUCAAAGACUGCAUCAUCUGCUUUGAAGGACACAGUUUCUUCACGUGCUGUUUCUCAAUAUAAAAGAGAGAAAAAGGCCGCCCUGAAGCAGAAGUCCAAGAUGAGGCCUGGCUCACCUCUGCCUAAUAAGGCCUGCAACUGCUGUGGUCGUCAACAUGAAAAAGGUUUGUGCAGGGCCACCACUUCCACAUGUCGUGCUUGUGGCAAGAAAGGCCAUUGGGCUACUGCUUCCAAGUGUCCUGCCAGGAAUGCCAGAUGCAGGGUGUGCAACAGGCAGGGACACUAUGACAAAUGCUGCCCAAAGACAAGGAAGGCUAAGAAGACAAAAGAAGAGGACACCAACCAGAACUUAAAGGUAGUAAGUUCAGUAUCCCCUUCAGUGUCAUAUGCCAGGAGUGUCACCUCUACUGCACGACCGAAGCCUCAGCCUUCCCCUAAAGUCCGCGUGUCAAUUCGGCAUAAUGAUUUAUCAGGGAGUCUUGCCAUCAUCCCUGACACAGGUGCUGACACAACUGUCAUUGGACUCCAGCAUCUUAGUAGUCUCGGCCUCUCAAAGAAAGAUUUGGCACCACCGGCAGAGACCAUAUACUACAAUGCGGAUGGGUCACAGAUGCCACCAGCGGCUGGAUCUUUUCGUGGAAUUAUCACCUAUGGCAACCGUUCGACUACAUGUUGGAUUGAUGUUCAGCCUUCGCUUACAACCCCGCUGCUCUCUUGGACCGAGUGCAAGGAUUUGGGGAUUGUUCCGGACUAUUUCCCAAGGCAGAUGUCAGAUAUGCGCAUUGCCAAUCGAGUCCAUGGGCUGGGCAGUGCACCAAUGUCGAACCCUCCUAAGUUGCUGCCCUUACCACUGAACCAGCUGACGUCACCUGAAGAAGCAAGGAAGUAUUUCCUGCAUCAGUAUGCAGAUGUUUUGGUGAAGAAGGACGACCUGCAUUCUGGGCCACUCAAGAUGAUGGUAGGCCCACCCAUGAGAAUUCAUCUACGGGAGAAUGCCACGCCCUUCGCAAUCCACACCCCAAGAAUGAUUCCUUUAGCUUUUCAGGAACCAACGAGAAAGGAGCUUGAGUCAUUAGUGACCCAAGGCAUCUUAAAGCCAGUGGAGGAUGAACCAUCAGAAUGGUGUCAUCCAAUGGUCGUUGUUCCAAAAGCAAAUGCCAUUAGAAGUAUCAGUCCACAGUCAAAGUUCUUCACAACUGUGGAUGCUCUUUGUGGUUAUUGGCAACUACCCCUGCAUGAGGACGAUCAACACCUGACGACAUUUAUCACUCCUUAUGGACGUUUCAGGUAUUGUCGUGGCCCCAUGGGUUUUGCAGCAACAGGAGACGCCUUUUGUCUCCGAGGUGACAAAGCACUGCAGGGAGUAACAAACUGCAUCAAGGUUGUGGACGACAUUCUCCUACAUGAUGAGGACUACCUCUCACACCUUCAACGUGUAAACGAAGUCCUGUCAAGGUGUCGCCACCACGGUAUAACCCUUAAUGCAGAGAAGUUCAUUGUGGCUGCAUCUGAGACCAGUUUCUGUGGGUACAAGCUAUCAAAUAAUGGUAUUGAAGCAGACCCAGAGAAGGUAAAAGCCAUUGCAGAGUUUCCUACCCCUGCAAACCUGACAGAUCUUCGAUCAUUUAUGGGCUUGGUAAAUCAACUGGCAGAGUUUACGCCUAAGAUUUCGACUGCUGCAGCCCCACUCCGCCCAUUGAUGAGUCCGAAGAGAGCUUUUACUUGGACCGCAGACCACACCAAGGCUUUUAUUGAUACUAAACAAGCUUUAUCAAGGCCCCCCAUACUUGCGACGUUUGAUCCCGCCCUUCCCACCAUUCUGCAGACCGACGCCUCCAGACUCUACGGCCUUGGCUAUGUGUUGUUGCAGGACCACGGUGCUGGAAGAUACAAGAUGGUGCAAUGUGGUUCCCGUUUCUUGACAGAUACAGAAACACGGUAUGCGACCAUCGAAUUGGAAAUGCAAGCUGUCGUCUGGGCCAUCAGUAAGUGCAAGUUCUAUCUUCGUGGACUUCAGCACUUCAGUGUGAUGACAGAUCACCGUCCAUUGGUUCCAAUUUUGAACCAUUAUUCCCUGGAUGCAAUUGAAAACCCUCGUCUCCAGCGCAUGAAAGAAAAGGUUGCACCCUACAUUUAUACCGCAAUGUGGCGUGCAGGUAAGGAGUUGUGCAUCCCUGAUGCCCUUUCCCGGUCACCUGUGAGUCGCCCAACAAUGGAAGACGGUGCCUUCGAUGCUGAAAUGGACACCUCUGUCAAGAUUGUAGCUCUGCAUGCUGUUCAGUCUACUAAAGCAUCAGAAGCCAUAGACGAGCAAGAGGAUCUCUUCUUGGAAGAAUUGCGGACAGCUGCCUCUAAGGAUGCUUCUUAUGAGGAGCUGCUUCACCAUGUAAAGUCAGGGUUCCCCAAAGACCGCUACAACCUGCCAAGUGCCUUGCGACCGUACUGGAAGAUUCGCAAUGAAUUGUACAACGAUGGUGACUUGGUGCUGUAUGGACCUCGAGUGGUUGUCCCUGCUUCUUUACGUCGUAGCACCCUAGCUCGCCUGCAUGAUAGUCACUGUGGCGUGGAAGCAACAAAGCGUCGUGCACAGCAGACAGUCUUUUGGCCAGGCAUUAAUGCAGACAUUGUAAACACUGUCCGUGCCUGUGAGCCAUGCCAGCGCCUACAGCCUAGUCAGCAACAGGAGCCAUUGAAAUUGGAUGACAAACCCACAAGACCAUUUAUGUCUGUGUCGGCAGACUUUUUCAGUGUUGCUGGAAAACAUUUCUUGGUAUAUGCUGACAGACUAUCCGGAUGGCCAGUCGUCAUCCCAUGUGGAACUAGUGCAACAAGUGCUUCGACAAUCAGAUUCUUCCGGCAUUUGUUCCGCGAUCUUGGUGUGCCAGUUCGCCUGCGCACUGACGGCGGACCCCAGUUCUCCAGCCGGGAAUUUGCAACUUUCCUUCAGCGAUGGGGAGUACGUCAUGCUAUGUCAAGCCCCCAUUACCCACAGUCCAAUGGGCAUGCAGAAGCUGCUGUGAAGAAGGUCAAGCAUCUGAUCAUGAAGACAGCACCCAAUGGAAAUAUUGACAGCGAGGAUUUCGAUAGAGGAUUACUGGAGUUACGUAACACCCCAAACUUCACUGGUCGAUCUCCUGCUCAGAUUCUGUUUGGCAUGCCCCUUCGCUCCUGUGUGCCUGCCCACUCUAGUGCUUUCAUGAAGGAGUGGCAGACCAAGGCUGAGGACUGCGACCGUCGUGCCGCAGUACGGGCCAAGGACGUGAAGACCCGCUAUGACAAGCGUGCCCACUCACUUUCCAAGUUAGAGAUUGGGGCAGAAGUGCGAGUCCAGGAUCCCACAUCCAAGCGUUGGGAUAAGCUCGGCACUGUCAUGGGUAUUGGCAAAUCUCGUGAUUAUCACAUCAGGCUCCCAAGUGGCCGUAUACUGUGGCGCAAUCGACGCUUCUUGCGCCCUACACAACUCAUGAUUGGAAACUCAACAGAUCUGGAAGAACAGCAGUCAGACGACGCACCAGGAUCUUCCGCCCCAUCUGUGCCUGUUGAACCUCGACGUUCGGAACGUAUCAAGUUGAAGUCCGUUCAAGACUCCCGCUAG